CGUUGGCACAACCGACCGUGUGCCGCUCGUACUGUUCCGCCGCUGUCGCUGUCGCUGUCGCGUUCGUUUAGCCAGCCGUGGCCGUGUUUGUUGCUCCGGCCCGAACCGAACGUUGUGAUCAGUGUGCGCCCACUCUCUAAUUCCGCUACUUUAUUACUUUUGGUGCAUACUUGACUUGACUUGACAUUAAUGGAGUGAUCUAAUUUUUUUCGGUUCUGGUUUCUUUUUCCACCCAGGACUUUUUUUCUUUUUUUUUUCACUUUAUCUCUACCAUCAUCCCCACCCCCCGACAACUGUGUGUAACUGUGCAACUGUUUUUAUUUAUUAUUGUCUCAACUGUUGUUUUCGAAAAGUGAUGUGAAUGUAAAAAAGAAACCGAAGGAUUACCUGGACUUUUUGGAUUUCGGAUUAGCACAGCUAAGCAGGACAAAAAGCACAAAAGUUUCACGCAAGGAACCAUGAAAACCCCAUCAUCGCCGCCUCCAGUAGACGAUUGUGAUGACAUCUUCGGCCCCCCACGUACUUACCCAGGCGGUUACUGCCCACCAAAGACCAGACCAUCGAUGAUUUCGGCCAAGUACCGUCAGAAGGAGGAACGCAGGAAGAUCUUGAAGAUUAGCGCCAACAAACUGAAGAAAAUCGAGGACCCCGAAAUCAGCUUGCAUCGCUCCGUGUUGAUCAACAACAUCAUGAAGCAUCUGCAACAGGACGCGAGAGACGAGCGGUACUUCAAGAACCAACUCAACUACCCGAGGUUCGACAACGACCACUUCCUCAAUCUGAAAAGCGAGUUCAUGAAAAACGAAGGCAAGAGUGAUAACAAGUGUGAAACCAAGAGUGGAUUCGAUGAACAAGACUUUGAUACAAAGGUAGCUCUAGAAAUGAACAAAGCCAAGGCUGUUUUAACCCCUGUUUUGGUGGAAGAGAACCUAACGUCUCUGGCUUCCACAUCGGAAAGUGUUGUUGUACCCAUUAGUGAUAAUAACAAUAGAGUGGCGGCGGCGGCGGCGGCGACGACGACGACGAAGACGACGCCGACGACUACGGCGCCAAAAAGGACGUUGGACGAGGUGGAAGACUGUGACGUACAAGACGUUCUUUCUCAGUGUUACAUGCCCCCGACGCCGAGGAUGCUGACUGGAAUCGACGACAGCGAAGACGAGGAACCGAUCGCCAAAAAGCCUAAAUUGAACGAGGGUAGUGUAAUGGACGCGCGUGAAUCAGUGACAGAAUUUUGUGUUAGCAAUUACAUCAACAACAACAACAACAACAACACUACUUCCUCAGAAGCUAGACUCGCCAGAUUCGUCAAGUCCAACGAGACUGAAUCGUUUAGUUGUGGACAUGCUUCCAUGUUUAGUGAUUUACAGAGCAACGUAUACCAUAAUUUAAUAGCAUCCUUAGAAACGUAGCGAUGCCGCCAUCUCGAUCAAACUUAGGCAAUUAAUAACGAUUUUAUAUCAAUUUUUUAUGUGAUAUAUAUAUAUGAAUUACUAAAUGUUACUUAAAGUUCUUAUUUGGACUUGUUAUGGUUUUGUACUUCACUCUUCUUUUAUUUAUUUUACCAUUUUUAUAGCCUCAUCGACAUCAAAUUUAUGUUAUCAAACAGUUUUCGUGGAGGUUCAAAACCCAAAUACAAUUAAAAAAUAAAUCAACGUUUUUCGAUAUGUCUAUUGAUUUUUAUAAUUGGUUCACCGAAACAUAAUUUACGUUGGUUUUCGAUGCUUGUAAAUAGUACGUUCAAAAAUUAUUGGUGAUUGUAUUGGCCAAACAAAAUAUUGCAUAUAACAAAACCACUAAAAUCAUCAUUCUCCACACAAAAUCAUGGUUACUGUUUACCUGCUCUCUACAAAAAUUCUAAAAUCUGGUCGUGAUAGAAAAUUAUAAAAUACCACUACAAACGAUAAAUUACUAUGAUACAGUCUAGUCUAAAAUAUUUCGAAUUGUUAUGUUUAUUUUCGACUAGGUGUACCUUCAUACACAUUAUACGAAGUAGAGAACAAUUAAGUCUGUGAUAUUUAUAAACAAAUAUGUUAAUGUUUAAUAAAAGAGCCUGUAUAUACAUAUUCCAAUGGACAUCCAGAAAUUUUAAAUAACAAUUAGCUGAAUUAUUUCAUUCGUGUUCAUUGAUUUUAUAUUUAUUUUAAUUUCUGGAUCUCUUUAAAAGAAUUAACAGUUGUACAGUUGCUUCAACUAGUAGUUACUAUGAAAUAACAAGCAUGUAGAGCAUUUUUUUAAAACUGUGUCUCUCGUGGCUUAAAUUAGAAUAACGUCCUAUCCGUUUAUUUCCUAUUACUAAUAAUCACGUUGCUUCGAUUUAUUUUCAACUCUUCCUUCCUAAGAUUUUACAACAACUCCAGCAACAAGAUCACAACCGAGUUGGAAGUAUUGAAAGCAACGUCGUUUGUUAGUUUGGAUUUGAUCCCCAUAUCGAAAAUCCUAUGCAAGCUUUGUUACCUAGAAUAAUAUUUUUGACAACCGAGUUUUUUACGAAUUUUUCAAUUUUUAUAUACCCCAUCAAAUGAACCUAUUUUUUGAUGUAGAAGUAUACGUCCAUCUCAUGUCCUGAAACUCCUUUAGUACGUUAAAUUUAGUAUUAAAACAGGAUAAAUUAAGCAUUGUAAAAUU